AAAUGUUCCACAGUGUUACGCAAUCGCCUGAGACGUUGGCUGUAAUUUGCAUCUAAUUUAUUCAAAAACAUGGAACUUAAUUUAACUCGAGUUGACUACCUGCAAGUCGGCCUCACCUCUACAAAAUGUCUUCGUGUUCUACCUUCGACUUCACCAAAAAGUCAGCAAAAGGUCGUAGUUGGCGAUCACGAUGGGGUGAUUCAGCUUUUCAACAUGAAGCGGGGUGAGGUGCAGUACAGCUUCCAGAGUGGUGUAAGCAAGAGCAUCACUCGGGUUGAACUUGGAGGAGCUCUUGGGACUGUCCAGGACAAGAUCUUUUUGUCUUCGGGCAAUGAAGUACGAGGGUAUACCAAAAAGGGGAAGCAAUUUUUAGGUUUUGAUACCAAUCUAACAGAAGAAAUAAAGUCAAUGCACAUCAGCGGAAGUGACCUUUUGGUUUGUGGAGACUAUGUGUACAAUCACUAUCAUGAUUGUCAAGAUUCCAACUACUACCUUGCUGCAGACAAGAUAAAUGAUGUGAUAACACUGCCAGCUGAGAAGAUGAAGUCCCUCAUACCAGUACUGGCAUGUGAAGACCGCUUACUUCGAGUGAUGAGAGACUCUGAGGUGCUUUAUUCAGUCGAAUUACCGUCACCUCCAUCCAGUCUGCAGCUCUUCUACAAUGACGGAGGAGAAAAUGGAGACCAGCUGCUCUACGGAACAACGGAUGGGAAGAUUGGACUGGUUCAGCUUGGCAGGGGUUCUGCAGCACAUCGGUGGGUCCUCGAAAACAGCAGUGGAAGUGUUGGAACAAGACAGGGAGGGAUCACCUGUAUGGAUCACCAUGAUAUAACUGGGGAUGGUGUGAGGGAUCUACUGGUGGGAAGAGAUGAUGGAACUAUAGAGGUGUUUGCCUAUGAAGAUGGAGAUGAGUCAGAACCUACCCUUAGGUUUUCUACUGCCUGCAAUGAAAGCAUCACAGGAAUUCAAGGAGCUGUUGUGGGGAAUGCUGGAUAUGAUGAAAUAUUAGCAUCGACAUAUACUGGCUGGGUUUUUGGUGUCACUUCGGAGCCAAUGGACCGGCACAUGACUUCUGAGUCAGGAGUUGUCCACAUUUCCCAGGAAUCUAAACAAAAGAUUCAGAAGUUGAGACUGGAGAUAGACGAACUGCAACAGCGCGUCCUGAAAGAGCGUGACCAGUACCAGGCAGCCACCCAGAGUGCUUUCCCUGGCAUCUCGGCAGUUCCUUUCUUCUCUGUCAAUGACAAGAUAAGUCUCAACCGUUCUGAUGCCUCAUAUUUGUUGAGUGUGGAGGUACAGACAGCCGUUGACAAUGUACUGCUGCAAAGUGAUGUCCCCAUUGACUUGUUGGAUGUGGAGAAGAAUUCAGCAGUGGUUAGCUACAGUACCUGUGAUCCUGAGAGUGGAAAUUUCCUUCUGGCAACUUACCGCUGUCAAGCCAACACCACCAGGCUGGAGGUUCGCAUCAGGACCAUCGAAGGACAGUACGGAACCCUUCAAGCAUACAUUACCCCAAGACUUCAACCUAAAUGCUGUCAGGUUCGUCAGUAUCGUAUCAAGCCCCUGUCUCUUCAUUCACGCAUCCAUAGUUUCGAUCCAAACCGUCCAUACAACACCUUAACUUUGAAAGGGCAGUUUACUCUACCAGAAAUGCAUGCUUGGGUUGUCUUCUGCUUACCCGAAUUACCCGAGCGCACUCCCUCUGGUGAAAGGGCUGAAUUCACUUUUGUCUCUACAUUCCUGGAUACCCAAGUUCGUCAGUAUCGUAUCAAGCCCCUGUCUCUUCAUUCACGCAUCCAUAGUUUCGAUCCAAACCGUCCAUACAACACCUUAACUUUGAAAGGGCAGUUUACUCUACCAGAAAUGCAUGCUUGGGUUGUCUUCUGCUUACCCGAAUUACCCGAGCGCACUCCCUCUGGUGAAAGGGCUGAAUUCACUUUUGUCUCUACAUUCCUGGAUACCCAAGUUCGUCAGUAUCGUAUCAAGCCCCUGUCUCUUCAUUCACGCAUCCAUAGUUUCGAUCCAAACCGUCCAUACAACACCUUAACUUUGAAAGGGCAGUUUACUCUACCAGAAAUGCAUGCUUGGGUUGUCUUCUGCUUACCCGAAUUACCCGAGCGCACUCCCUCUGGUGAAAGGGCUGAAUUCACUUUUGUCUCUACAUUCCUGGAUACCCAAGUUCGCCUUGACAUUUCGUGCGAAGUAAGUGAGGAGAGUGUUGUACACGCUCUUCACCUUCUGCACCCACGACUGGAGGCCCAGCUCAUGUUAGCCAAACAGGUAUCAUUGAUAGAUGCCCUUCGGGAGUUGGGCUCCCAUGAAACGGAUACGAGUUUUCUUUCUCCAGAGUAUAAGCAGAUAUUGGACAAUGCUGAUGAACUUCUAGCACAAUAUCGCAAACAACCAUGUCAUCUUGAAAGACUCUAUGGUAUGAUUACUGAUCUGUUUAUCGACAAGUACAAGUUCAAGGGCGUCAAUGUCAAAAGUCGAGUGCCACAGCUCUUGGAAAUCCUUGAUAAUUAUGGCAGUCUAGAUCUUCAGCAUCUCAUAAAUUUCUUCCAAGCUCAGAAUACCCAUAUUGUUCGCCUUGACAUUUCGUGCGAAGUGAGUGAGGAGAGUGUUGUACACGCUCUUCACCUUCUGCACCCACGACUGGAGGCCCAGCUUAUGUUAGCCAAACAGGUAUCAUUGAUAGAUGCCCUUAGAGAGUUGGGUUCCCAUGAAACGGAUACGAGUUUUCUUUCUCCAGAGUAUAAGCAGAUAUUGGACAAUGCUGAUGAACUUCUAGCACAAUAUCGCAAACAACCAUGUCAUCUUGAAAGACUCUAUGGUAUGAUUACUGAUCUGUUUAUCGACAAGUACAAGUUCAAGGGCGUCAAUGUCAAAAGUCGAGUGCCACAGCUCUUGGAAAUCCUUGAUAAUUAUGGCAGUCUAGAUCUUCAGCAUCUCAUAAAUUUCUUCCAAGCUCAGUGAAAGGCAGCACCUAUGACCUAGCUCUACUUUCCUAACCACAUGCCGCCAGGAAAAAUUAAUAGAAAUUGGGGAAAAUGCUGUGCUCACUUUUUAUAUUUUUGUGAAAUGUCUCUGCACAUAGAUGGCUCUGCUAGUGCUUAGCCACAAAGGAGUCAAUUAGUAGACCUUGUGAGCUUACCUAGUUUCACCAUUCCUUGAAUUGGCAGGAAAAACGUAUUUUUUACCAAUGCUAUGAAUAUUGGUUGUGUUAUUUUUAUUAUAUAAAUACUAUAAUAUUAUAAACAUUAGUAACAGCAAAAUAAGACAACAUGAAAUAUUUUCGUAAAUCAAGGAAAAGGGUGAAUGGGCCAAACAGGCAGUAGUCAUACCUGGCUCACUGGUGACUUAGUACAAGUGUAGCCAUCUAUGUGUAAAAACAAUCAAACAAGUAACCUUACAGUGGGCAUGGCAUGUCCCACCGGCAUUGGGUUAAUGAAGUUAAGAUAAGGAAAGGUGCAACUAAUGAUAUGUCACAGGUGAUAACAAGAAUUAUGCAUAUCAUCAACAAAAAAUAUGAUUGCAUAUGCUCUCACUAUUCCUGUCAACAGACACCUGUGCAAAAAACAUGUGUAAGCCAUUAUGGGCUGAGGCUAUCAGAUGGAGCCCUUUAAUAGUUAGUAGUUUAUCUGUGUGUGUGUGUGUGUGUGUGUGUGUGUGUGUGUGUGUGUGUGUGUGUGUGUGUGUGUGUGUGUGUGUGUGUGUGUGUGUGUGUGUGUGUGU